AUGCGCCUUCAGAACCUAGAAGGUCUCUCAUCGGUCUCAAAAUCCAGCCUCCUACGAUCUAUCGCAGACGAUAUUUCGGUCGCUUUCAUCUGCAUCUCCAAGCAGCUUUCUUGCGGCACGCUGAGCGCCAGACAUACGAGGCCCAUUCAUAAUUUCAUCACCAGCAUUAGGAACACUGAGCGAUUGGAACAACGAAGGCUGCAGCAAGACUUAAAGCGGUACCGUCAGCGCGAACGACGUUGGAGAGCGGAGAGAAAGUGGAUGCGCCGGAAAGUCGAAGGCCUAGUGAAACACUCCGAAGUAACCUACAGGGAGUGGAAGGAGCGAUUGGAGAUGGUGAGCGGCAAUUUUGAUGGUGCGACAAGGGAGUUGGCGGCACUGAGAUGGAAAUAUGAGUUGUCCAGGUCACGGGUCGAAAGAGAGAAGCUGUUGGGCAGAGAGACCGAUGCGACUCUAGCAGAAACGAAUAGAUGA